AUGCCAUACGACCUCAAAGGCAGGAAUGUACUUAUUACCGGUGGAUCGGCCGGCCUCGGCGAACUCCUCAGCACGACGUUUGCGAGUGAAGGCGCCAAUGUGGCGAUUAACUACUUCAACCGGAUUGAGCCGGCGCAGAAGGUGCAGAAGGCGUGUCAGGAGCAUGGGGUCAAGGCUGUUGUUAUCAAAGCGGAUAUGACGUCGACGGAUGAGGCGAGGAGAGCUAUUAAGGAGACGAUUGAACAGCUGGGAGGGCUGGAUAUUAUCAUCGCCAACGCAGGCUGGACACGCUUCUCCGAGUGGAAAGAUCUCGACUCCAUGAGCGAAGAAGAAUGGGAUAAGUGCUGGAGUGCAAACGUCAAGGUCCCCAAGGCACUGCUGUCUGAGGCGAGGAGUACGUUCGACGCAAAUCCAGAUGGUGGACUGAUGAUCACUACGGGCAGUAUUGCGGGUGUCAGCCAAGGCGGCUCCAGCAUGCCAUACGCCGUCACCAAAGCAGCCCAAUUCCAACUCGUCAAAUGCCUUGCCGCCACCGUCGGGCCCAAGAUUCGCGUCAAUACCGUUCUCCCAGGCUUACUGUUGACCGAAUGGGGCCUCAAGUAUAGCGAAGAGAAGAUCGAGCAGCUCAAGAAUGCUGCAGCGCUGAAGCAGGUCACUCGCAUGGAUGACUGUGCUUCGGCGUAUGUCAUGUUGGCGAAGAACACUAGCAUGACUGGCCAAGGCGUACAACGCGUGGGAAUGUGCACACCAUGGCUGCAAGCCUUCCCCAAGACCGCGAAACCCAUCCUCGAGGAGAUUGACGAGACCCUUCAACUCCCCCUUACGAAGACAAUCGAGUCCGGCACGAAUGCCGAGCUUACACGAACCGAGAACGCGCAACCGGCCAUUAUGGCAACCUCGAUCCUGAUACUGCGGAUACUGGAGAAGGAGUUUGGCUUCAAGACCAGCGAGCGCGUCGACAUCACACUGGGCCAUUCGCUCGGCGAAUUCGCAGCUUUAGUAGCAGGCGGCUACCUCACCUUCCACGACGCCCUAAAGAUGGUCCGGCGCCGAGCCGAAGUAAUGAGCAAAUGCAGCCAAGAAGCCGUCGCAGAAGAAGGCGGCGAGUUCGGCAUGGUGGCCCUCGUCUGCGAAUCCGAAGAGCACAUGCAGUCCCUCAUCAACGGCAUCCACGAGUUCCUCGCCCUAGGCUCCAAAGCCGAUUCCCACGACCACCUCCCCGCCGUCCAGCAAGUCGCCAUUGCAAACCUCAAUUCGAAGAACCAGAUUGUUCUGAGUGGCAGUAUAACACGCAUCAGCACGCUCCUUACCAACCUGCGCCAAUUCGGCGGCCACGACCCGAGACAUGUACGACUUAAAUCCGACGCUCCCUUCCAUAGCCUCCUCAUGAAACCCGCGGCCGAGACCAUGAAACGCAUCCUGCACAAACCCACCGAAGAUGGCCGCGAUAUCAUAACAUGGCCCGGCAUCAUGCCCUGCAUCUCAAACGUGUCCGGUAAACCCUUCCAGGAUAAAGAGCAGUUGAAAGACUUGCUAGCGCGGAGUUGUGUGGAGACGGUGCAGUGGUGGAAGAGCGUUAAGUAUCUUCAUGAACAAGAGAAGAUUAUGCGGUAUGUGGGUAUUGGACCGGGGAAGGUGGGCAGGAAUCUGGUGGGGAAGGAGGUGGGUAUGAAGGGAGCUGUUAAGGGCGGUGGGGUUUGGGGGAUUACGAGUCCGAAGGAGAUGGAGGAGGUGGUUAGGGCGUUGGAUGAUACGGAGGAUGUGGAUGGGAUUGAGGUGGAGUGA